UUAAAUAUCUAAAUGUAAUUCAAACUGCAAAAAAAGAAUCAAGUUUUCAGUCACAUGCGGCAAACGAGGAGAACAUUAUAUUGCCAACUUUACUAGACGGACAUGUUCUUUUUAGGUCGGCCAUAGAACGUGCUGUACGAAGAAAAUAUUAUAUAAAGCAAGAUGAAGCUGAACAAACUUGUCUCAUCUUCGCGGAGAAAGAACAGAAAGAGGCACUUCAAUGCCCCUUCUCACAUCAGGAGGAAACUCAUGACAUCUCCAUUAUCAAAGGAACUUAGACAGAAAUAUAAUGUCCGUAACAUGCCAAUUAGAAAAGAUGAUGAAGUACAGGUGGUACGCGGUCACUACAAAGGUCAACAAGUUGGCAAGGUUGUCCAAUGUUACAGGAAAAAGUUUGUGAUUUGCAUUGAAAGAAUCCAGCGUGAGAAAGCUAAUGGCACAUCAGUUCAUGUCGGUAUUCAUCCAUCAAAUGUUGUCAUUGUGAAAUUAAAAUUGGACAAAGAUAGGAAACGCAUCUUGGACCGAAGGAGUCGUAACCGUGUUGCUGCCGACAAGGGUAAACAUACUGAAGAGUCCAUUAUGGAAACUUCCUAGGUAUUUUCCCUGACAGUUUAAAAAUAAAAACACAUAUUUGAACUUUAA